AUGCUCAUGGCUCUUGUGGAACCAACGGGUGUUCAGACGGAACCCAAUCUUCGGUAUUAUGGAAAUUAUGGAGAAGCAGCCCCGGAGGGAGAGGCUCUGGGAAACGGAGAGGAAGCCAGCGAGGCUCUCUAUAUGGCGUUACUUGGCAUGUGCAAACUUACUCCGGAAGGCUGUGACUCUUAUAUAGAAACAGAUGACAAGGAAGACGCCUAG